CGGAAAGGCUUCCCGUAUUUGCGGCGAAUCGCGGGCUGCUUUGGGGAGAGAUUUGACUCGGCCUGGGUACACUUGUAUGUAGGACCAGUGUCUGCCACCGCGGAUGGCGAGGGAUCUGAUCGGGCCGGCGCUACCGCCCGGCUUCAAGGCCCGCGGGUCAGCAGAGGACGAGGAGCGGGACCCCAGCCCAGUUGCAGGACCAGCUCUGCCUCCUAAUUAUAAAAGCAGUAGUUCAGAGUCGUCAGACAGCGAUGAGGACAGCAGUUCUUUGUAUGAUGAAGGAAAUCAAGAAUCUGAAGAAGAUGACAGUGGUCCCACUGCAAGAAAACAGAGAAGAAAUCAAGAUGACGAUGAUGAUGAUGAUGAUGAAGGGUUUUUUGGACCAGCCCUGCCGCCUGGAUUUAAAAAGCAGGAUGAUUCUCCUCCAAGGCCCAUAAUAGGUCCUGCAUUACCACCUGGUUUUAUUAAAUCUACACAGAAAAGUGACAAAGGCAAAGGUGAUCCAGGACACGUGUCAUCAUAUUUCAACUCUGAGAAGGAAACAGAUAGCAGUGAAGAGGAGGACAUCAUUGGACCGAUGCCUGCCAAAGGACCAGUUAACUAUAGUGUAACCACAGAGUUUGAAAAAAGAGCCCAGAGAAUGAAAGAAAAACUGGCUAAAGGAGAUGACGAUUCAUCUAAACCAAUUACCAGAGAGUCUUGGAUGACAGAACUUCCUCCAGAAAUGAAAGACUUUGGUCUUGGGCCCAGAACUUUCAAGAGAAGAGCAGAUGACAAGUCUGCAGAUCGCUCAGUCUGGACAGAUACGCCAGCCGACAGGGAAAGAAAAGCUAAGGAGACACAAGAAGCAAAAAAAUCAUUCAAUAAGAAGGAUGAAGAACAUGUAUUGUCAGAAAGGGAAAAGAGAUUGGCCGAGCAGGUGUCCUCCUACAAUGAAUCAAAAAGGUCAGAAUCUAUGGACAUUCAUCAUAAAAAAUUAAAGAAUAAGGCUGCUGAAGAUAAAAACAGGCCCCAAGAAAGAAUACCAUUUGACCGUGAUAAGGAUCUCAAAGUUCAUCGAUUUGAUGAAGCUCAGAAAAAAGCCCUGAUAAAGAAAUCUAGAGAACUAAACACCAGGUUUUCACAUGGCAAAGGCAAUAUGUUUUUAUAAGGGGAUUUCCCUGUGCAGUGAAGAAGAGUUGAAGAAUACUCUUUUUUUCUGUCUGUCCACCUUUAUUCCUUGGUUUUGAAGUUCUUAAGAUUAGAGGAUUACUUUAGUCUUAAAAGCCACACAGACUUACUUUGUUCUGUGCGUCCUUUAAAGUCACAUGGAAAUGUAAAAUCAGCGUGUCUUGUGUGGAAUAGAAUCUGUGUCUUCGGCUUCUGAGGAAGUGUGGGCUUUUCUUCAAAUAACUAUUUUGAGCAUCCUCCCACCCCCCAACUCCCUAAUUUUUGUGGUGUCUCCAAGAUCUGAUCUGGACCAUCCACUGAGUAUCCCACAGCUCGGAUCCCCUUGUCAGAUUUUACAAACCUGCCCAGAGUGAGUGUGUUGGGGUCCUUGCAGAAAAUCCAUGAAUUAGAAAUCAUUUGCGCUUUCCCUCUAACCCACAGCCAAUGAAUGUAUAAAUUUACUUGAAAAUAGAGAGUAUGGAGGCUUUGUCCGUUUUGUUAUCAGUUUGCUUAUUUGGGCAAUCAGGACUUUUUAUUUGUGGUCUGGGAUUUUUGGUUUGUUUGUUUUUAAGUCAGAAAGAGGGACCUCUGCAUGAUUCCAUGUGCUAAGGAAAAACUAUUUGCAUUUUUCCAGCUUUAUGAAGUAUCUCUAUGGAGGCAACCUGAGGAACAAGAUAUGCCGUUAGCCAUUAGCAGUGUGAAGUCUAAGACUCAGUCUCUCAAUCUCAGCCAAAGCUUUCUAAGUCUUUAAACUGCUCUGGGAUGAUCUGGCUUUGCCCAUUUAUCUUUAACAAAUUUUAGCUAAUUGAUUGGGAACAGAUCUUUUAUAUCUAUCAUGAAUAGCUUUUUAGAAAAAUCAAACUCAUAAUCCUUGAAUACAAAAAUGGAAAUGGAAACUAUAAUCAAAACCACCCUGAUGGAUUAUUAUAAGUUUUUGAUGCUUUAAGCACUGCCUCUUAAGAUGUUAAACAGAAAAUUCUGAAUUCUGACUAGUUAAAGCCUAAAUCCAAAUUCUGUAAGUUAUAUUUUCUUACUAAUUAAUUCUGAUUGAUCUGCUAGUUCUGUGUUCUAAUUUUGACGAAACACACAAUUUUAAUGGGAAAAGAUUCUGAGUUCUAGUUCAUUUAGACUUUAUGAAAAUUGAGUAAACUUUUCAGUCAAGUUAUGGGACAGCUUUUUCUCCUGAUCAUAGAAGGACAAUGAUAAUUUCCAUAACAGUAAUCUGCUCAAGGAGUGUUGCUAUUAAAAAAAUGAAUUCUUCUCCUGAGCAAAUUGAAAGAGCUUCUAGUGCAAGCAGAAUUGAACAGAGCUACCUUCUGACUAAAGAUGUCAUUUUUAGUGAGUGAUAUUGUCCAAACACAAAACUUUGUACCAGAGCAUCUAUUACUUUCAUUAAUUUUGUUAUAAUUUUUUUCCCUGAUGAAAGGAAGAAAUGUUUUCUAGUCCCUCAUCCUUAUAUACAUUCCUAACAUGUUUUUAGGGGGGAGUUUUGCUAGUUUCUAAAGUAAAAAUGUCAUCUUUGGAUGCUUAUUUUUGCUUUGCUUUUCUCAUCUUGAGGGGAAAAUAAGGAUGUGUCUAUAAAGGAUAUUUACCAUUUCUUCCCUCACCCUUGGAAUAUCUGUGACCUCAGCAAAAGCAAGAAAAGUCUCUUCUGCCUAACACUUUCCAUGAGUGCUACCUUACUGGUACCUCAGGUCUAGUGCUCUUUCAUACACCCCGAGGGCAGUUUUAACAAAAUAUGAGACCAGGCCAGAGGUUUUUUGCCCCGUGGAGAGACUAAACCCAAUAUAACAACAUUGACAAUGAAGAACAGAGUAGCUCUUUGCUCAGAAUGGGAAGCUGGUCUUCAUUUCGUCCCCUCCCCUCGUCCAAAGCUGUGAAAGGCCAGGCUAAAUCAAGUCUCCAUCUGGCAGAAAAUUGGGAUUGUUGACAUUAUCUACUAGGAACUUUUUAAUUUCCUAUACUUCUUGGCCAAAUUUUAUAGAACUGUGACCUCUUGAAACUUAAAAAUGAAGAAGAAAAAAGAACAACAUUUGCCUCAAAAAAUUGAGCUGAUACUUUCACAUUCUUUGCUGUUUGGUGAAGGUGACAUUUAAGUUCAUUGUACCUGAAAUUAUAUGAUUUUCAACUCUCUAAAUUGUCUCAGAUAGACUUUGAUGCUUUGAAUAAUAACCACAAUACUGGUACAUAAAUGGCUUUAGCAAGUGGGGGAAUUGGGAGGGGAGACAAAAGGUGAGAGAAGGUAGCUACACCCGUAAUAAGACUGUAUCAUCAGAUAAAUUUUUUUGUAUUGGGAAGAAUAUCAUAAAUUAAGCCCUGUGCUAAAAAAGAAAAGAAAAGCUACGGUUUUACUAAGAGUUUUUUUUAAUCUUGUUCAGAUGUAGCAGCUACUUGACAAUUUAUCAGUUGAAUAUUUAAUGGUUCUUGGAAUUAGUGAUUUUUUUUUGGAAGUAAUGUUGAGAUUUACAUCACACUGAGGCCUACGUGCUUCAGAAUAGAUGAACAGUUAUU